UCAUUUUAAUUCUAGUUCCCAGAUACAGAUAUGAAGCUGGCCAGCGUGGUUGUGGGGGCGCUGGCAUGCGUGGUGGUGUCCUACCUGGAGGUUGAAGCCUCGCCCUGUUGUGGGCUGGGCGUGGUGGCUGUCGGCGCGCUCGCUUUCACAGGGGGUGUGGUGGCAGGCAGGCAUCACCAACACCAUCACCACCACCAUCACGGAGGCUGCGGCUCUUGCGGCUGUGGUGGGUGCGGCGGUGCCUGCGGCUGGUGCGGUGGAGCUUACGGAAAGAGGCGCCGCAGGAGCAUCCUCACUUUCUUAGAAGACGCAGAAAUCAAGCAGGUUUAUAAGACGAUCGCAGUCGAAGACAAGGACCAGUGCGGACUGCGGCUGGUGUGUGAGCUGGCCCAGAAGGACCCCAGAGAACUAGCCGAAGACGAGAUCCAAAUCCUUCUCCCUUACAGAGGUGUCGGGGAGAGUGAUGGCACUACAUAUGGCAACUAUGACGAGGCAGCGUGGCACGGCCAAGAGGGCCACUCCUGCCCCACCAACUACCCUCUCUGCGCCUUCACCGCCCAGCAGGUCAUGGGGGAGUAUCGCAAGUACAUCAAGAACAACGGAACCUUCACAUUCCCCUCAACUUCUUGAACAACUCUUUAGUCAUCGUAUUGUGAUGUUUUGCCGUUAGGCUUUUAAGAUAAAGCUUAGAAACUGGUUAAUUUAAUUUAAUUUUGUCACAUAUACUGUAAUAAAAAUAUAAACCUA